AUGGUUUCCCAAUUAGGUCGAUUCUUGAACUCGGGGCCGGGACUAGAAAAGACUCUCCGUUUGAUCCAGUCCCUCUCGCAGAUCGCCGCAGUGUUUACUGUGGGCAGUACUGCCGUGCGCUUUACCACGGCCAAAGCGCAAUUGGCGCUGAGUUUGGUUCUCCCUGGUUCUCCCUAUACUGACUCGACCCUGCGCCCUCCCACAUCAGCUCGUCGGUUCUUCCGAUUCUUUGGCUUCAUCGGAUCAUUUCAGCAUGUCUCUGACUUGCUCGGCAAGGAUGGCGUGAACUCCGUCGCCGGGUGGCUAGAUCUGGCCAAAUACACCUGCUUUGCACUAUAUUUCCUGCUUGAGGACUUGACUAUUCUUCACGCCAUGAACAUCUAUCUUGUCUCCUGGGAAGGACGAGUGAUGCAAGAAGCCAAUACCUUUUGGUUCUACGCUUUGGCAUUCUCCAUCGCAGGGGCAAUGUAUGCGUUGCUUUUCUCUUCCCCGGCAAAGCCUCUUCCAGAGAACACAGCCACCAAGGAAAAGGCCACUCCCAAACCAGACCAGGGAAAGACCAAGGCGGCUAGUCCAGCUGGCACCGCAGAGACUGGCAACUUCAAAUUAGUACGACAAAUCGUUGCGGAGAGUUGCGAUCUGUUGCUCCCAGCCACGCUUUUGGGGUGGAUGCGCACGGGAGACUUGAUUGUGGGAUUGACCAUGGUGCUGAGCACGCUUCUCACCAGUAUGGAAAUCUGGAAAGGAGUGUGA